CAAGAGAAGGUCAGCGAAUAAAUCCGUUGGUAGCGCAAGUUUUAAAGGGAAAACAUUUUCAAAACAAGUCACAUUUCUCAUGAGUUGGUUUCAUCUCAAACUGAACCAUGUCUGGAAGUGUCCGGCAAGGAAGCUUGACCAACAGAGGGAGUUUCAGAUUGAGCCCAAAUGAAGAAGCAGCUGUUUUGAAAGAGGAGAGAGACAGAAGACGGAAACUGAGAUUAAAGCAGGUUCGUGAACAGGACAGGCUUUUUGCCAAGCAACUCCUCGUCAGGACCAAGGCAAAGAAGGAGGCAGAGGUCACAGCACUAUCUGUCAAAUUGGAAGAGGAAUGGAAGGCUGUGCAGAAAGAGAAACAAGAAGCCCUGAAGGAGAUCUAUAAGCAGUGCCUGUCCAAGGUCGGAGAUGGCCACAGAGAGGCAAAGAAUCAGAAACCAUUGGAUGAGGAGAGAGCAGCUGCUGCCCUGAGGAAUACGAGGGCAGCAAAACAGCGUCAUCAGGCGGCCAUCUUGAAAGAAAGUGCAGCGAGGAAUGAGAGUUGGCAGAAAGAAAAUGCUCAUAUUAUAUCAAGAAAGAAUGCACUCGAGGUUGAAAAAGUAAGAGCCUCCCACAUCGCCAACCUACCACCACCAAAGAGGGAUCCUCUGGCCGACCUUGACCUUCAGAAACCUCCCGUUAUGGUGACACGUGUGGAAGGGUUCUCCACAACUCAUUAUCAUAUCCCUGGAGAGUAUGUAGAGAGGGCUGAACCCCAUGAACAGGAUGAUGCCAGGCAAGCAGGGAAGGAGGAGGAUGAGAGAUUGAGAGGAGAGACGGAGAGGCUCCAGGCGGAGCUGAGAGAGAGGCAGGAGAAGGCCGUCCUGAGGCACAAGCAUGCCAAGGGCAAGGAGCUUCUCAAACAAGAUUACGAGAGGCUUCUUCUGGACCUGAGCGAUCUCCAGAAUGCAGAUAGGAGGAAGAGGCAAGCGGUGGUGGCUGAUAUUCCACGCCAGGUCUUCCAACCCCCUCACAAGCGAUUAGAAGACAAGGCAGAGAAGCAGCACCAGUUAGAAGAAGCAUUUGAAGACAUGUACAUGAAACAUACAGACUAUGCUGGGGACAUCACACUAGCCCUAGAACCCAAGGUCCCGGGCCAGGACACGGACCUGGACCUGACGGCUGACACCACCAGGAACGGGGAGGAUGAGGACCAAGAGGUCACCUUAGAGAGACCAGGUCUUACUCGAGAGAACCAGGGCUUUACCAAGUACCCGACUAUGAGUGCCGAGGCCACGCAGGGACCGAGGACUGAUGAUGGGACGGCACAGCAGAAAACCGUAUCUGCCAGAGCAGAGAUGCUGAAAAGAUUGAUGGGUAGGGUAAGAGGACAGCAGGAUGAUUGGAAGAAACAGCAAACCAAAGCUCAAACUCCAGUGGCCUCAGGUCAACCCAGGGUCAUACCAGAAUCACAUGCUCAGGAGGAAGAAAUCGCUACCUACCCAGAGUCUGAAGAAAGUGAGAGUCACGUUUCCAUAGAAACCACACCCACCCAGACCUUGACCACACCCUCUGAGCUAUCAGAGCAUCCCAUUGAAAGCGGGGAGACCAGUAGCACCACCACCAGCGGCGUGCCAAGAUCCCUUGAGACAGGGACACUGUCCGAAGUGUCUUCCGAAGCAGGAUCUACCCUCCUACACCCAAUGGAAUAUGCCGCCAGGCUUAGGGGUGAACAGCUUGCUCAGCAAGCAAGGACACAGGAAGAUAUCAGAGCCAUUGGAGAGGAGCAACAGAAGAGACUUGGUGAUCUGAAGCAGACUGUCCAUGUGCCUUGGGACACCAUUGCCCAGUCUCAGUGGCCAUCGAUCCCACCUGAGCAAUAUCGAAAGGGUGAAUUCACGAGUGAGAGAAGACCCGGGGUAGCGGAUGCCAAUCUUGUACCUGGAACAUCUGGAUAUCCUACUCCUGGCGCCUCACCAGGAAAAAUGUUGCAGAGUGGUGUACCUGUGGGAGAUCUGGCAGGUACAAAUUCCAGGAGAAUGGACUCUGCACAAACUCAGAGAGUGUUGGAUCGGCCACAGUAUGAGCCACAGAUACAUAGACCACUAGAGUAUCCUCGGUUGGAUAAUGUCACAGGAAGGGGUCCUGAUGGCCAGCCUCGUCCAGGAGAUGACACAGAUGGCUUGCUUCUCAUGCAGCGCAAACCAACAGUUGUGGAGAAGAGAAUAGGAGUUCAGAGUACACCCUCUGACAGUGACAUUGGUUCUGAUCAGGUCAUCGAUCUUCAACUAUUGGAUGAAGUGGUUCACGAUGUUCCAGGUACAAUGCAACAGACAUUAGAUGAAGAAUCUGCUGUAGAUUGGCUCCAGAGAGCAAGAGAAUACCAACAGAGACUACUGGACAGGCAGAAACAGAGCCAAGACUCGCUGCUUCAUGCACAGACGAAGCUGCAGGAGCGCAGGGAUAGACUGAUGACAAAUUAUCCAGAUGUUAAACUUCCCGAUUAUGUGCCAUACACAAUGCAAGGUGAAAUGGACAGAACAGAAUGGCCAUCAACCCAACAGUUUACAGGAAGUUUGGCACCUGUAGUUGGAGAAUUCCAAGGUGAAAGAAGCUAUUAUAGAGAGGGUGAAGAGAGCACAUAUGAUAGAGGAGUCACGUUUGAACCAGGAAAUAGUAGAGGGCAGCAGACUCUAACUGCUGACAUAUCUCCAUCCGCAAGUUCAGAGGAAGCUAUAGGAUAUACAGGGAACCGUCAUCACGUUGGAUAUGAAGAAACACUUGAACCUAUGGGAAGCUCAAGGGUUUCUCCUUCAAAGAGGAGACUAGGCUUCUUUCAUGACCAAGAUACAAGAGACUCUCGUUUUGCACCAAUGGCUGAGGAAGCUGUUUCUCAGACCUCUGCAGAAGGAAGUGUGAAUCUGAGCCUUGAGAGAAAAAGUGACAUUGGUGAUAAUGGUGUUUCUUAUCUACAGGACACCGUUGGCCACGCAGAGGACAGUGGAAGAGAGACUGAAGCUGAAAAGGCACUGACAAUUCGUCAUCAGCAGUUGUUGGAGGAGAAGAGGGUCCUUGAAGAGAGACAGAACGCUCAGCAGCUGAGACUUAUACAGAAGCAGAAAGAACUUGCGGAUCAGAUUGAACAACAGCAAAGAAAGUACCAGGAAAGGAAGAAAGCAGCCAAGGUUAGCCCUUCCUCCAAAGGACCACCUCCGGAGCAUUCCCCAUCCAUUCCACAAGGCAUUCUUCGAGGGAGCGGUGUUGGAUCUCACUCCCCUGGCAUGCAGCCCAGCACAGGACAGUAUCAGUCAUCCUCUGGCAUGGACUUUGGAAGGUCUUUAAGUCAGCAGAUGGAUAUGAGGAGAAUGCUGCAGGGCCAGGUCUUCAAGCCUCAAGAUUUCAUACAUCACCUCCAAGCAUCACAGAGCAUGGGUUUAGAACAAGAAGAUGAGUCUGACGUUAGCCAUCAGUCUUCUUCAAGAGCAUCGGGAGGCACCCAGGAGCUUGGUAACAUGAUGAUGGGUGUGUUAAAACCUCAUGAACUGCUCCCGCACCUUCAAAAUCUCUUCACGGACUCCGAUGGCUCACUUCCGGAUAACGUAUCAUCUUCUUCUUCGGGUCUCAUUCAAGAGCAGUCUCUUAGAGGAUUGGAUUCAGCUGAACAAGGAACUCGAUCAUUUGAUGGAGGGUAUUCCCACUCUGGACAUUUGCACUCUUCAGGUUUGAGUGAAGGUACUCUUGAUAUGGACUCAACAGCAUCAACCAGCCUACAGCAUGCUAGGUUAGCAGGUGGUAGACUCCAAGGACAGGUGUUUAGGCCUGCUGAUCUGAUGGCGGAACUUAGGGCCAUAAACCUGCAAGUUGGAACGCAGGGCUCAUUUGGAAGUUCUAAUGAGUUCACACAGUCCAAGUCUGGAGAGUGGAGGCCAACUUUUAAAAGUGGCACAUUAAGCGGAUCAGAAGGGCCUGAUACCAGGUCUGGACCUUAUCAGCUUCCGGGAUCAUUGCAUGGUCAAACUGCUUUAAGUGAGCAAUCUACAGGAAUCUCCUAUCACAGUUCGCAAGGCACCAGUGAACUGAGUGGUGCUAGCAGAGGCCCAAAGGGAGUCUACACAGAACUUCUCCAAGGUCAUGUAUUCAGACCAGAAGAUCUGCUUCCUCAUUUACAGAAUCCUCUUUCACUUUCCCAAAUUCUAGAUGGUUCCUCAAUGCCAGAGCCUCAUUUAUCAUCCACUCUUGCGCACUCGGACACCUACGCAAGUCCGUAUACACUGCGGCCUGAAGGAGAUGGUGGCGGCAGUUACCAUCGCGAUGAUGACGUAGUUCAGGCUGCAUCACCUGACCUGGAUGAUCGGGAUCCUAUCCAGUAUGACCAACCUCCAGUUUCAACAUUCUUGCCUAUGACUAUGCCAUCGCAUCCUGCCCCAGGUUCGCACUUUAUGAGAUCAAGACGUCCUCCACCUGCCAAUCUUCAACAGGUCGCCAUGCUCCCAGAAAACAUGGGGCCUCACGAAUUGAGCACCAUCCUGGAGAUGGAGACGUCCGCUGAUGAGAGGAUGCACCUGUACGGAGUGGGUGCAACUCCUCGGAACGUGAUGGAGUCGUCCAGAAUAUCCAGAGCAGAUGAAACAGCAGCCCCACUCCAUUUUCUGUCUGGAACUGAAGGUAACCUUGGAGAGAGAUUGCCCACGUUUGGUGGUCCAGCAACAGCUGGGGUUCAGGGAAGGUUUCAGGGAAUUCAGAGGAUGGACAUGGACAGAAGUGAUACUGAGUGGUCACAAGGUACACUACCAGGAAUGCAGACUCCACACGGCGGUAGAGGUAAUGCUGGAUCUGUCAUUCAGAUCUCACAGCCCACUGUGGCAAGUCUAGAAGCUGAACUCUACAGUACUCAAGAAAUGAGGACACCUCGUUUGAUAUCAGAUCUGCAAGCAAGAGAUAUGAGUGUAGCAGCUUCUACUCUCUCAGAACACACGCUGGAGGAUGAAAGUGUUGUAAACGUCAGUGCUGUUGAUUAUUUCAGUCGGCAUACUGAUGGUCAAGGAAGGUCCGUGAUAGGGGAAUCAUUUGGAUCAUAUGGUGCAGAUAUAAAUGUAGGAUCAUUAGGCGUGCAUAGAGGGGAACCAGCUGGAGAGAGCAUGAGAUGGAAGGACUUGUUGAAAUCAUCUGAUGAUUCAGUAACGUCAAGUAGUAGUGAUGGAGUGGAGAGAGGUGGAAGGGAUCCUCUGCGUCAACCAGUUCCGGCAGGUGAUGAGGCCGAGGACUUCUUUCCUAUGAUGGAGACAGAGAAUACUACCAUGGCAACUCAAGAUUCCAUGCAUGAUCAUUCUUAUGAUGCAAAAGAUGGCACUGGUACUCACACCAAUGCCCACAGAGAACAACUUGGAGCGAUGCGGAUGCAGAAGCAUUUAGCUGCUGGCCUGAAUCUGGAUUCCAGCUCCAGUUCCAAUGGCCAGAACAAUGGUUACGCUCCUAGGACACCAUCACAGGAGGAGUCCACACCGACCAGUAGCUCUAAACUCAGCACCGUCAUAGGAGCAGCAGUGGGAGGAGCAUUGUCAGGUCGAGUAACUGAUGAAGAUGACUCACCUCUGUUUGUUCCAAAGUCAUCUCAGCAGCAAGAACAGUUUCAUUUCCUCAGCACAGACACCCAAAGAGACAGAAUGGAGCAGGGAAUCACAGAAUUCCAUGGUCAGUUUGGUAGAGUUUUACCUGAACAGCAUUCAGAGGAAUCUCGUACGUCCACCUCACCUGGUCAAAGACAACCUGAACCACCAAUCCCCUUCCAGAGACCAUACAAAGCCAAAGAUCUUGCAGCAGGAGGUUCUAGACAGGGGUUCUUUGGGGAUCAAGACAUAGAAAUUGCCGCUUCACAGGAAGAGUACAUUAGGGAUAUGCUGGCUUCUUUGCAGCAUGGUAGGCAGAGAGGUACAAUAACAAUGCCCCUUUUCUCAGACGUCUCACUGAGUGGAUACAGUAUGUCACAAGAUGGAUCAGUCUCUGAGAUGAGGUCACCAGUCAAAGGGAGAGAAAUGACAUCACUUGAGUCAACCAUGGACCCCAGUGGUAAAGAACUGGUGCAGCAGCAUCUGGCCCUAGCUGGAACAUCUCACCCUGAAGACCGGACCUUCCCAUCUCUGGGAGACCUCGAGAUGGAGACAGGGAUCCUGGAGGAGCCAGAUCUCACCUUUGCUUCGUCCUUUAACACCACCGCUGACUCCACCCUCCAGGCUCCAGGGGUACCGGCUCCAGCGGGCGUGGGCCCCCAUGAGCAACAGGAACCCUCAACGCUGGAUAUAUCACAGUCCUCACAAGGCAGUGCCUCCAUGUCUCUGCUAUCCUUCCAGCAUCAUGAGAAUGAGCUUCUGGAAGCCAGCCCUCAGUCAUUUUCCAGGGUCACCAGGUCAGAAGGUCAACUCAGGGUCACUCAAAGUCUCACCAGCACCACUCGUCUCAGAGUAACCCAAUCUGUAGGUCACGUGAAAGUCGUCCCCCAGACAACGAUUACCAGUCAGCAGGAGAAAGACCCUCUAGACGGCAGCCGUACGUCAAAAACAGGGGUCACCAGGUCAGAAGGUCAGGUCAAGGACCCUGAUCGAGCCGCUGGUGGUGGGCCAGUAUCGCUCCAAGAAGCCUUCCAGCAGCGCAAGACCGCUUUCAUCCAAGCCUCGGAAUCUCGCAAGAGAGAGGUCAAGGAGCACGCUGAGACCAGAAGCCAGGAAUCCACGGUCUUUGCCAAGACAAUCCAGGAUUGGAAGAGGUCGAAGGUGAAGGGUCAGACGAAGCAAGCUGCAGUGAAGAAAGCAUCGGGAAGCAAAACUGGCCAGUUCUCCGCAGACACCACCAGUGGUUUGAGCUCAACACUGAAAACCCGAACGGACAGAAAUGCAGGGCAGAAAGAGAUGAAAGAAAGAAGUCUCAGGCUUUACAGUCAACUGGAAGAGGUCAAGAAACAGAAGACAGAGAAGGAUCGGCAAGAUUCCUACGCAGCCAAUAGGCAGAAGAAGAAAGAGUUUGAGCAGAAACUACAGGCCAAGCGAAUGAAGCGGACGUCUUCCCUAGAGAAAACAAAGAAGGACAAAUGAAACAGCAGAGAGAGAUGGGCUAAUUUAAAGCCCCACUGCACUACGUGUGGCUACUUGCUCCCUCUAUAUAGAAAACAAUGCCUAACCGGUGCCUGUUGGUCCCCAUG